UAUAAAUUUACCAUGAGAAUACGCCAUUUGGUAUCAAGAGAACGACUAUACGACUGAGCGCAAAGCUUUCUCCGAAGAAACCUUAAGAUCAACUCCUUAAAAAACGGUUUCAUAAAUAAGUUCUCGGUUCGUCGUAAACUACCGGCUGGCUUGGAUAGCUAGCCAAACGGUUUUUGCCUGUUUUAUUUUUUAUACGAAAAGCUAGCCAAGCGGCUACUAUGGAUUUUUAAGUCAGUAUGCGGCGAAACUAAUGCAUCGGCAUGCAUCGUGCAAGGCAAAACGGACUCCGAUACUCCAUCUUCACAACUGCCAAGCAGUUGGGCUCUAAUACUGUCCGCGGUAUUACUGUGAGCCAACCUAUACCGCUCCUCCUUGAUCGAAGGAAGCUAACAUUACCUAGRUAGCUAAUAAAUUGAGUCCUCAACCCAAUUAUUCUUUAUUUUUUACCAUCACUUCAUUUGAAAAUCAAAAGACUAGUUACUGACCAAAAUGAAGCCUAAAGAUAUAAUCGCCGGUAAGACCAGCCUGACUAGUCUGUGGAUCUUCGGGUACGGCUCUCUGGUGUGGAAGCCUGACUUCAAAUACAAGAGUAGCAAGGUCGGCUACAUCCAUGGCUAUAAGAGACGCUUCUGGCACGGAGACAACUUCCAUCGUGGAAAUGAUGACCUACCCGGGAGAGUGGUGACGCUGAUUGAGGAUGAUGACGCAACUACCUGGGGCGUGGCCUUCGAGGUGACCGGUUCCCAGGUCGAGGAGUCCCUUAAGUAUUUGAAUGUGCGCGAGGCCGUGUGCGGCGGUUACGUCACCAAGCUCGUAGACUUCAUCCCCGAGGAUGACCACUCGAACCAGACCCAACAGGCUCUCCUCUACAUUGCUACCCCAGACAACCCACUCUUCCUGGGGCCCGCCAGCCCUGAGGUGAUAGGGCACCAGAUCGCCACCAGGCAGGGCAAGACGGGUCACAAUCUGGAGUAUCUUCUCCGCCUGGCUGAGUUCAUGAGGAGGAGCUGCCCUCACGUAGACGACCCACACCUGUUCUCCAUCGAGGCUGCUGCUCUGGCCCUAGUGCCGUACCUGCUAGGGGCCCAGUAGCCCAUACCCUUCCAUCUAUACUACGAUUAGGGCUCUCCUAUUGGUACCCUAGUACAUAUGGUGAACUACUGAAGUAGUGUCUGAUGUAGGGAAUAGGGUGCCAUUUGGGAUACAGCCUUAGUGUAAACGUGUUAUCUGUAACAGGCUAGCCCAGUCAGUCUCUAACUUCAUAAAAACAGAUGCGUUCCAGUCCUUUUGUGUAUUUGUAAAACCUGUAAUGGUGUAGCUUGUCUUAGCCCAUCCACUGUUAACCUGACGCCAUAAAGGACUGACUUGAAGAGGUACAAAGGGAAGCAUGCACUUUGAGUUGACGAGUGCCUGCCUCUUUUAUAAUUUGUUUUUACCCAAGCAUGAAUAUUUAGUUGGUGUGAAGUUACUUUGUCAAGCCAGACAAUUUAAGGGACUCUGUGUACUAGAUGUCACUGUUGACCAAACGGUUCUAUCUUUUCAGUUCUGGUUUAGGCACUACUGUAUUUCAGUCUUAAAUGGGACACUGCUUUAACGGUUCUCAGUUUCAUGUCCAUUAAUGAACUACUGAUGUAGGUACUAUCUGGUGUUUUUUUUUUUUUUAAUUUCAACUAUUGUCACUCAUUUACCAACUGGCUGAUAUGUUACAUACACCUUUGUUGUAAAAGGUUACUUUUAAAUCCAGUCGAUUAGAAGAUCCCACCAAUAAAUGGUCAAAACAUC